CGGGGCCAGAGUUGGGGCCGGGCGCGCGCUCGGCGCCUGCGGGCGGUGCAGUGGCUGCGGGCGCCGCGCGCUGAGGACGCGGGCAGGUUUUGUUGCAUUGUUGGAGAAGAGGGAUCCUUCAGACCUUUCUGAAAUGGGCAACAGAGAGCUGAGAUGCUACAGGUGGUGGAGAGAACCUGCGUGAUUCAAUUACUGGAGGACUGGAUGCAGGUAUUUGAGCUGAUUUCUUUCAUCAAAUACUAAGAUUGGUAAAAAUCAUGGAUAUGUACUCCAGGGCUCAGAGCAAUCGAAUGAAACCAAGAAUAUCUAUGAAAAAGAGUUUUGGUGAAGGUGUACUGCACUCUAUGAAGUCACUGAUACACAGCAGGAAAGAGUUAUGCAGUCUGUCAGCAGAAGAAUGUCUGAAUCGGGAAGAUCAAGAAAAUUUUAUUGAGAUUACAUUUAUAGGUUUUGCUGAAGGGAUGGGUACUGCUCAUUUGCAGGAGUUGGCAGCUGUUUCUGUGGAGCUUCCAGAUGUUCUGAAAUCACUCCAGUUGUGCAAACUAAAAGAAAACGAGGUUAUAUUUCUAAAAGAUGUUAAGAAAUCAUCGGCAAAACCUUAUGUCAUGAAGCAUCAGAAUCAACUUCCUGAAGUAUUUUGUGUGAUGAGACUGCCUCUUUCAUUCCCAAGGAUCAAGGCUGAUCAUAUAUUUACCUUGCUGAGCAAGUAUAUCACAGGCAUAAGAUAUGCAGUGGAAAUAAACUCAUUGCAAAAAUGUCAAACAGAGAUGUCCCAUGGAGAAGAUGAUGACACUAAUCAGUCAGUUUCUUCAAUUGAGGACGAUUUUGUCACUGCUUUUGAACACUUAGAUGAAGAUGAGCCUUCAAAGAUACAAAGUGCUGGUGCAUGCAGCUUAACUUCUCGAAACCAUCGAGAUGCUGCUUCACAGACCAUCCCUGCUCGAUGUUUAGAAGCUGUUGACUCAGAAAUCCGUGUAGGUUCUGCGCGUAGAAAUUCAUCUGCCAGAUCUUCUUUGAUUGAUAUUUUGGGACUUAAGGAACUGUCUUCAGUAAAAAAUUCAGUUACAACCUCAAUUUCUGAUCCUUGGAUACAAAGGAGUUUCUAUAAGCCAUAUAAUCCUCCUGAUCAAGGUGUUAAUUUUAUAUGUAAAACAUUGUUUUCCUCCUCUCCAGCUGAAUCCUCUGAGUCAGAUGGGUCCAGCCCAAGCCCUGUCAUCUUUUUAGAUGAAGAAGGCUAUCAAAAAAGCUUGAAGGCAAAACUUCAGCUGCCAAAAAUUCCAGUAGUGAAAGAUGGUAUAGAGGAUUCGGACUCAGAAGUAAGUGAAUUUUUUGAUAGUUUUGAUCAGUUCGAUGAUCUGGAAGAAGUCUUGGAAAACCCUUGUAAAGUUAUUAGGGAUCCCGUCCUAGGGAAACCCUCCCAGAAAAGGAGGACUGCACACGAGCAGUUGUCUUCUGCAAGCAUUACAAUGAAUCCUCAGAAAUUCAAGUCUGAUCGCCCCACUCUCCCAGCCAAUGUGAAGAAACCAACUCCUCGUAAACCAGAAUCGCCAUAUAGCAGCGUCUUUGAUGUCCCGGAUUCCCCUCGCCCAGUUAAAACAACAGGGGAAGAGAAUGGAGGCUUGUUCAGCCCUAUUAGAUCGUCAGCUUUCAGUCCACUAGGGAGCUGUGGUUCUUCUGAAUGUUUAUGUCGAAUUAAUCUUGGUGGAGAUGGGACAAGUCAAAAUCACCAUGAUGCAGUCUAUAAUAGUUAUUCAGCAUAUGCUGACAGUGUUUCAUCUGAAAUACUGGGUUAUGUUUUUCAUUCUGAGUCCUCAUCAGAACAGGUAUGUUCAGGAAAUGUUGCGAAACACAAAGGGAUUGCUUUGAAAGAGAAAAAACGUCAAGCUCCAGAUCUCAAACUGCAAGCUAGUAUGGAGCCAGAUAAACAAGCAAAACCUAAACAUAAGUCACUAAUGAUUAGAGAUAGCAUUCAAAAAUUUGCAACUGAAUUAGUUGAAAAAAGUUUUGGGAGUGCAUUUAAGGACCUGCAGAAAGGUGUUUCUUCAUGCACCAAUGCACUUUGUCAUUUGGCUGCUAGGUUGACUUCUUCGGUCUUUCAGAUGGCUUUUUAUGAGAUUGGAAGACGAAGAGCGAUCUCCCUGAAGGAGCGUGCCAUUAAUGGGAUAGCAAACUUUUUGGUGAGUGAAGCUAUAGCUGGUGCUUUGAAAGAACUGCGGCAUGUAAAGAAACAAAUAUUUACCAACGCUGUUGCACGGUUUGCAGCAGACCUUGCCGAAGAACUUGUGUUUGAAGGAAUCAUGGAAGUAUGCCAGUUUUCAUAUCCCUCGACACCUAUAGCUGUGCAGCCUUCAUCGUUUGAUUAUGAAGACAAAGUGGUAAGAUCCUAUGCCAGAGAUUUGUCCGAAUCUGUCAUUCAGGAGGCUUUUAUUGAACUGUCUCAGGUUGAUGUCGCCUUCACAACACAAGCAGCUAUUAGUGUUUCUACAGGCAAUGUUAAAUAUGUGAGCGCAGAAAGUAUGUUAGAAUCAACGCAGACUUCCACAAUUUUUCCUAAUUUCAAUGAUAGGGUAGCACCGAAGCCAAUCCAAGAUUCCAAGAAGGAAUACACAGUACAGCAAGCUCUGUUUUGCACCUCUGGUGUUGUAAGUUCAAUACCUCUGCCCUUAGCUGGAAGAGCUCUUAGUCAACAUCGAGUUUCCUCUGAUGCUUGUAAAGCAAAAUUAUCCACUGCUCCAAAUUCUGAUGACAGUGUGAAAACAUACAAAGACUCCGUUCAUCCAUUUUUCACAAGCAGAAAGAGAGAGGAGGAAGUAACUUCUUUCAGAAAUAUAUAUCUAACUUCUGAUCACAGUCAAAGUACCGAAAAUACUCCAUCACUCUUACAUAACCAGAAUGUUUGUCUGUUUAACAGACAAACAAAUAACAGAUCUGGAACCAACAAUAAUUCAGAAUUAACAAGUGGGUCAAAAGGCAUUAAUAGUUUUUCUGGAACUAUGGUCGAUAUGAUAGUAAAUGAAGCUUAUGAAGCCAUAACCUCAUCUAGGGUAACAAAAGCGGUAGAAGAGUAUACAGAUUUUUUAACAAAAAAAAUCACAGAUAAGAAACCUCAUGGGCAAGGCAUUGGUGAAGGUUUCCCCAAGAAUGUGUUUGCAGAUCAUUUGGCCAAGUAUGUGAUAAAACAAUCUGUGGAGGAAAGUAAAACUCUGUUAUGCAGCACCAGCGAGAAUUCAGCAAGUAAUGUGAGCUCACAGACAUACACAGAUAUCGGCAGAAAAGAACAAUGUGUGAUAAAGAAGCAAGAGGUUGAGAAACAAAGUAAUGUUUCUAUAAAUGAAGACCAACAACAGAUGCCUUUGAAUAAUCCACGUAAAUUUCUUGUUGCUCCAGCUCAUUCUGUUCAGUGUUUUUCAGAAUCUAAGGAUUGUUGGCAGGACCAAAAAGGACACAGGUUUUCUUCAAAAUCACCACUGCCUUGUUCCUCUGUGGCGCUUGUUAGGCACGUUCUGGAGGACUUUACUGACACAGGAAGCAGCUCAAUAACAUGUUUAAACAAGCCCUCAAAAAAACACGAUACUCAAAAACCAUCAUCAGGACCUUUGACUUACAAGCAGGCUGAUUGUUUUGUGCCUGCAAAUAGCUUUGUCUCAGUGACAUUUGGCAGUGAAGAUGCUUUGCGGGUGGAACAUAAAUCAAGUCUCAAAGAUGGCAAUGCCUGUGUAAUGCCUGAUACACCCCCACCUACUCCUUUAGUACCAUGUCAAGGUAGUUCUGAAAGAAACUUAAGAAAACUAUCUAAGAAACUCAAGGGGGAAUUAGCAAAGGAAUUUGCACCUGCAACACCGCCUUCUACCCCAUACAAUCCAACUGUUACUGGUUUGUUUAAAAGUGAGCAUGACUCUUUGGAAAAUGAGGAAUUUAUGUUGCGACUCAUGCAAUCACUUUCUGAAGAAGUGGAAAGCAGUGAAGAUGAAGAUCAUUCUGAAAUGCCUGUUGAGAAAGAGGAGCACUUGGAAAAAACAGUUGAGUAUGCAGAUUACUUAGCUAGCCAUAUCAUUUCAAUAGCAACUGAAAUGGCUGCUUCCCAUUUAGAUGGUAAAACAAAUGAAAGAGAAGCAGAUAGACAGGUUCAUUUAGCUAUGCAAAACAAAAAAUGUGGAUAUACUGCAUCUAUAAAUAUCCCAGAAGAGACAUGCAAUUCUUUAUGGAGUUAUGCAGGUGAUAUGGCAGGAAAAGUCAUCAACGAGGCCAAGAAAAUAGUGAAAUCAAGGCAUUGUAAACUGUUGAGGUUGAAGCGGAUUAACUGUCACGUGGAGUGUCUUUAUCUGAGAAAAGGCGAUAAGGAUCAUAGUUCAAAGGAGCUGUGCGAUGCAGUGCAGGACCAGUGGCCGGCAAAGAGAGAUUCAUCUGUACUUCCUCUACCACAAGGUAUAGGCAUGACAGGUUUGACUUCCAAAUACCCAAGCUGUGAAAGUGUGACUGAUGAAUAUGCAGAUCACAUUAUUCGAGUUUUGAAAAGAGAAGGUGGUAACGCAGAGCUGUUAAUGGAUCAGUAUGCUAGCAAACUUGUUUACAGGUCUAUCAAAUCAGGGUUACAGCAAGCGGCUAGAAAAAACAAAUGGAGAUACAGCAAAAAGACGUUUCCUGGGCAAAAUGCACAGGUAAAUGGUAAGCUGGAGCAGAUCAAAGCAGCGAAUACAGAUGUGAUACAGCAAGUGAAAAGCUGCAUUCAUCACUGUGAUGACCAAACAUAUGAAAGGAGUAUCAGCACACCAAGAACAGAAUGCACGGACUUGUUAUAUUUCACAGAAUCCCUUGCUCGCAAUAUCACUUGUGAUGUCAGGAAGAAACUGAAAAUGUCUGGAGCGUGUUUACCAAAGUCUCUGACAGACUCCUGUCUGUAUAAAAGGACUGCAUUUGAUGAAGUUACAGGGGAUCUUAUUAAAACAAGGUUUUCUAGGACAUUUCUUCCUUUCUCCCCAGAUCAUAAACUGUAUCAUAGUACAGGAAGUUUAAAUGAAAAUGGCUACAGUGAAGGCAUAAUUCAAGCCAUUGAACAAUAUGCUGGGAAAGUAGCAGACGAUACUCUAGAAAUGAGUUUAGAGUCAGCUGUUCUCCAUGUGGCUGAAAACAGAAGAAGUGGGGAUAGGCUUUCAUAUACUGAGAAACUGUCUCCUUUUUCUGGAACUGUCUGUAGAUGCUGCAGCAUGAAGGAACAUCGGUACUGUACGGAAAGUACAUCUCAUCGUCUACCCACACAACAAUCCUCCAUUCCAGUGAGGCAUUUCCUUCAUUCUGGAUUAGGUGGUGACUGUCAAAGACAAAGAGUGUUUCAGCUUGAUAUUCCUAAAAUCCACGUUGAUGUAGAGCAGAAGACAGAGUUUUCUGACAAGGGGGCUACUGUGGUCGUAGGGAAAGCAGGAGAGCUGAGUUACACAAGUCUGACGGCUGACAGCGGUAUUGGACAAGAUGGAGUCAGUUUUGCUGAAAGCCUUACUACUGAAAUAAUGACAUCAGCUAUGACUAAUAUUGGUCAGGCAAUUAACAUAAGCUCUGUUGGAAGAGAAGGAUUUCACUCUGUUGAAUCUGUUAUUAGCCAGCAGAUGAGUCCUAGCAUUGGUGAUGAUAGCACUGGCAGUUGGUCCAAUCUGAGUUUUGAAGAUGAACAUCCUGAUGAAAGCAGCAGUUUUCUUCACCUCAGUGACAGUAAUGGUAACAGCAGUAGCUGGAGCAGUCUUGGUUUAGAAGGGGAUAUGUAUGAGGAGAAUUUAUCCUUUCCAACAUCAGACAGUGAUGGAACAGAAGAUAAAGAUGAAGACUGCAAGGAUGCUGUAGAAGGCUUGGAGCAAACACGAAAGACUUUAGAAAUAGUGAAUAUUGAUCUGGAACCAAAUCUCGUGGACGCACAGCUCAGAGUGGCACUCCAGUGGCUGGCAGCUUCUGAAACAGAGGUGUCUGAUCUUCACUUUCAUGACACUGCUACAAAGGAAUUUGUCUUUAUUCGUUUCUUUAAUAACGCUUGAAAACUGUGUGCCUCUUCAGGCAAAUUCAGAAAUCAUCCAGAGACUGUCCCAAAGUGGUUGAAUGUAGAAAAGACCUCAUAAUUUGGAAGCUGAUCACAUUGUAAGGCAAGUACCCGAGUCUGUUUUGGACAUCUUUCUGUGAUGAGUUGUAAGGAUGACAUGUCUGUCUUCCUAUUCUAGGUGAUGACUUACCUUCACGGUGGUAGCAAACCCGUAGCUUCAUGGCCAGAAAGUCUAGGACUUCCCAAAGAUGACACAAGAAAUGAAAUUGGAAAUUCCAUGUGCUGUUAUUCUUCUUUGUACCGUUUUCUUAACAGCAUUACAUUGGCAUAAAAGCCAGAGCAGUGAAGACUGUGAUAAGGAGCACGAUGUCUAUAACACUGCUUGGCUAGAAUAAGGGAAUUCCCUACACAGUUCUGACAUGGAGCUCCUGGGAAGUCUUUUGGGCAAGUCUCCUGUCUUAUGCUUCCUUGUUUCUCAUUUUGUGAAGCUGACUACACUUAACUGCCCUCUGCCCAUGAAGCUGGUAGGAAUGGUCUUCCUUUCUUCUCCAUGCGAAAGAGUUGUCUCCUGCCAAGCUGAAUUUGAUUGAUGAGGCUCCAGGGAAACAGGUCAGGAGCAGAGGAUGGUGUGUGGCAGAUGGAUGUUAACAGGCAUGUUAGGAGCUGGUCAUGGAUUAAUUGAGGUGUGCAUAGCCAAUUUAACAGCUAAUUAACCACCUCUUGAGAAUGCCUGAAGGUAACCAUUCCAGGAUUGUAGUCCUGUAUGAUUGAGAAAGUAUUGGUUAUGGAUUGCCACAAAAUUGCAGCUUAAAAAAUAAAAGGGAUAUUUAAGUUAUGUUUGAAAGAAAUAAAAAUAUACUGUAAGUAGAGUUAUAUAAAUAACUGGGUGCUAUUUCCUGCUUGGUGAAUGGGAGUUCAGAGUGAAAAUGCUCCUCCUUAGCCUGAAAAAUUGUUUUGAUGCCUACAGCCCCACCAGAGAAUGGUUCUUCAUACAAUGUAUAGAUGGCCAAGCAGAAGGGGGCCCACUGGAACAGUACUGAAACACAGAUAAUGGCAACAAGAAGAUAAAACCAUCCUGGCCACGUUACUCACCUGAUGAAUGCUACGUCCUCAAGAAAACCACAAAAAUGUUUUGAAGAAAGCAGCAUAACCACUUUACUGCUGGUGGUUUGGUGAACCUCACUGGGCGGCCAGCAAUCGGAUGUCAGCCAUACUUUCCAAACGGCACUAGGGCUGGUCAGUGGUUUGACAGGAAAUGCAGCCAGGCUUGCGCUUUGGCUCCAGGUAACACCACCACAACCUGUUUAUAACAUUUGCUCUGAUUUUAUGGUUAGUGAUGGAUGUGUUGGCAUAGCUGGACCAUCACAAACACCUUCACAAUGAAUUACUUUAUACAAAUUGUCCUGGGCCAUCUUGGCUUUCUGGCCACUUUCUGGCUGAUUCUCAUGCUAAACAGUAAUGUUUUCACUCUCACUGAAAUAUAUAGUUUUGAUGCUAUAGGCUUGCAUGGUAGCAAACUUUGCCAGGUUUUAGGGAAGGCCAGUAUGUUAAAUUAUAGUAAAUGUAGUGCAUGCUUCUUUCUGUAGCUCGAUAGCUAUAAUUUGUUAGCUAGAAAUGCACUAUUACAUACAUACUGAGGUUUUGUGGAUUUCCUGGCUUCGUUGUUACAAUGAGGACAAGUGAUUAAUCAUGUAAGAUGCCCGGUGAUGAGUGAGUACAUCCGGUGCAGUUUUUAUUGUUGCUUUGUAUUACUCCAUUUUUCUGUACCUCUCUAGCUCACACAUGGUAUUAUACCAGUUCUUGUGCUUCAGCUCUAAUCUUUGCACUAAUCACGGGCAAUUCCAAGCAUCUGUUAAGGAGAAGAAUGACACAAAAUCAAGACUUUAAAAUGCUAUAGAAAGAUUGCCUAUGCUAAGAUUUUUUCUUUCCUUAGAGUAGGUCUUAGAUCUCUUAGUAGGUAGGAAGUUUCAAAUGUUUGUGUUUCUUACAUUGAGUGAAAAUACAGCCUUGGAAGUCUAAGGUAAAGUUGUGCUUAUUGACAUCUUAAGAAGCAAACCUUUCCUAUCAAAUCUUUACACAUGAGCCAUAUCUGAGAGAUAGAUGCAUAUUUAUUUUCAGUAGCCUUAAGUGAUGCUGCACAUCUUCCACCUGCUUCCCACCCUGUAUUAGAAACAAUCCACUUGACCCUGAAGAAAAUGUUUUGUACCAAAACAAUAUCGGAGAGACUCAGCAUUAGCUGUGUCCAAUGAGCAGAAGUCAGGGACUGUAUAUCCUCUCGAUAUUGACCCAUUUUUAGUUCUUUACGUCCUACUGCACUUCCUUUUGAUCACUGUGCUCUAGAAGUGACAGUAAAACCUGGUUCAUAAUAAAAACCUGGUUCACAACUGAAUUUACUUUUUAAAUCCUUGCUGUGUUUAAAAUCCUGUCACCUUUCUCUUCACCAUAGUAAGAGUUGCAAUUCCAGAUUAUAGGAAUUUGUUACAAAUGUUAUGAUUAAGGUUGUGAUUUCAGUGCUAGAUUUAAAAGCCAAUUCACAUUUACCCAGCUGCAAAGAUGACAGAGGUGGGUUUCUCCAAAGGGGAUUUUCCCUUUUGAUUAGUGUUGCAAGAGAGUGAGAAGAGCAGUCAGCCAAGAGGUGGAUGAGGUUACCCACAUGCACCAGUGGUGCACCCAGUGUGGCUCGAUUGCCGAAUCGCGGUGAUAUGGGUCAGCGAACAGGCAGGAAUUACUGGAACAACAAAGAGGUGUUGUAGCUGGGAAAAUCUAAGUGACAGCAAAAAAUAGGCAAUAUGACACGUCAGAGUUUUAAUGCCAAACCAAAACCAGACACCUUUGCUGUAAGGUGGGUGCUCAAAAAUGAAUCUUCCGAGAAAUACAUGGAUCUUGUAACUUGUACAUGCACACCUCCAGCCAGUGUACUACGUAAGAAGAAAAUGUCACAAGUUGCAGAACUAGAAAUAGAAGUUCAGACAGAGGUUUUAAGUUAAAACUACAGGUCUAGUAAGACCCGACAGUAGCAAUGGAUUUUCAAAGAUUAAUGUGCUUAUUUGUAUCAUUAAAUUUAGCAUCAUCUUCCUUAUGCCUGUGUGCUUGUUCUUCAAAUGGGCUAUGAGCAUAAGCUCAUGUUUAGUUGAAUGCUUGAAUUGCUAUUAAUGUGCAAAUACACAGGCUUAAGCCUAGCUUAAAAUGUGUGCAUGGUGUAAACACAGUUCUGCAUCUCUGACUAUAUGGUAUAGACUCUACCGCUGGAAGCUUGGCAGUCCACAGUUUUUGGCUCUUUACAAAAGAGUGGUGCAGUGUCUGCUGCAGUGUCACCAGUUCCAGCUUUUGGCAGGAUUUUUUAGAUAGAAACAGAAGGAAGAUAGACAGAGUUCUCAAAUUCACAGUUUUGUAGAGCUUGUGGGUUACUUGGAGAGAUGUGUUUGUGUAGACAUCACAGAUGGCCCCAGUCUAUGUUUCAAAGCCAAAAUAGGAUGCUCAAAUUUUUGGUACUGAUUUCCAAUUAAUAGUUAUUUAAACUGUGAGAUCACUCUUAGUUAUUGGAAAAAAUUGUAAGACUGCUGGUAUUAUUUAAAUAAACGAUUUUUGGAGGUACAAGAAUCCUAUGGGAAGAUGACGCCUUUGUGACUGACUUACUAAGAACAUCACAAUGAAGCUGACAAGGCUUAUUAUCCCUGUGGCUGUUCUUAUCUUGAGCUUUUUUAAAAGCCAAUGCAUCUGCCAAAUUACGAUGACUUAUGGAUGGCUGAGAUGGAGCCAUCCAGUGUCCUUGCUAUGUAACAGGGAGGUGAUUUUCUGCAGAAAUUUCUACACAUCCUCCAAUGUCUGGCCUCUGUAAAAGGGGUCAGUAAAAUGCAUUUAUCAAAAUGAACGCCUGUUAGGAAAACAACCACUUUGGUACACUAAUGGAUAAGAAUCCAGAAGAAAAUAAAUAGUUAGCAUUCCUUAAUGGGUUAUUAGUUUUUUUGAGGUUCGGAAUCAGAAAUGCCAUAGAAUACAGAGAUGCCAUUAGGGGCAUCUCACUUGUCUUCUGAUAGGCUCUCCAUGAGUCCAUGUCCUUUAGGCAUUGUUUGAGCAGACCAGAUCUGGCCUCCCGAGUGAAUUUAGCAGGGUUUCGGAGUCCUUCCCUCUCCUGUUUUGAACUACAGCAGAGAUUUGAGGUACAGCUAAAACCCUGGCUAUAAAACCUGCAAUAUAAUAAAAGUCACUGACUUCAAAAGCAAAGUCUGAUGAGAGCUGAAAUGUUCAUGGGAAAUGUAGGCACAAAAGCAGUGAUUUGCGUUACUACAGGACUGCAGCAUAUGUUGGAAUCGGUUGCCAUAAAUUCCUUGUGGAAACAAAAAAACCCAGAAAAGUCUCCUUUUCUGAUUUCAAUUCAUUUCAUUUUCAUGUAGACAUUUAAAAAAGAAGUCAAAUUAAUUUUGCUCUAUCUUUAUAACCAUAAAGGAGUUUGGAUUACUAGCUAAUACGCCGAUAUAUAGAAUCGUAGGCUAGCCCAGGUUGGAAGGAACCUUCCAACCUUUCAUGGGAAAGGGAACCUCAAUGAGGUUAUUGAGCACCCUGUCCGGUCACAUCCUGAAAACCUCUAGUGGUAGGGCUCUACCACAUUGUUUUGGAGGUUGUUCCAGUGAAUGACUGUACUUGCUGUAAAACAUUCUUAUAUCAGAAUGAUUAUAUAGUAGUUAUUUGAUGUUAUCAGACAUAAAUCCUGCUCCUAGCAUCUUUACCCAGAGCACCUUUGGUACAAUUGUUCCUAUUUGCACUAAAAUUCUGUUUACAUGGUGUGUUUGUAGGACUAUUUUUGGGGUCAGUUCUGAGAUGAUCACAUUACUGGAAGAAUCUAGAAAGAGGAAAUGGAUAUUGAUUGUGGUCAGCACUUGAAGUAGGUAUGCCUGUUUGUAUAGAGAUAUUCUCAAACAGAGAUUAGACUGGAUUAUUUUUUGCAGGAGCUUCUUCCUGAAACGGCUGCCAUAGAAGGGCUCUGCAUUGCCUGUUCUAAGGCAGAUGGGAUUUGUAGACAGCCUGAAUCUGUCUGCAAGAGCCAGUAUAGAAAACAAGUAACUAGUCUUGGGACUGUCCUAGCAGGGAGAAGGUAGAGAAUGAAGCCAUGUUAGAAUCAUGGAAUCUUAUGCUCAUCCAGGCACUUCUGAAGAAUGUACCUUUGGUUGCCAGAUUACUCAAUAGAACUGUCAGCUCAUCCUGUGUUACUUUUUCCUCAGCCCUUAUGGCUCAGCUGAGUGUUUUGUCAGGAAAGGCCAACUGCUUAACUUUAUUUCCACCAAAAGAACAAUUUCAGAAGUCCCUAGCCAUAGCAGAAAAAGUAAUUAAACUCAAGCGCAGACUGGAUGUACUUGUGUUCUUUUCCAUCCUGCUCCAUUAUCAGUGGUCUUGAAAUAUUGCAAAACCUCUGUGGAUAACAAAGUUAAUCUUAAAAAAAAAAAAUAAAAAUCAUAAUAUCUGUCAAUGGAAAGACCUAUUUAUUUUACAUUUGAUGCUUAAAAAAACCCGUAUUCCAAUAAUGCAGAAGAAUGUGUCUUGGAGCUGGGAGAUGGUGUUUCACCAAGGAACCUCAGCCCAUAGCACUGGAGGCCUGGCGUGAGAGCUUGGGAGACGCUGUCUCACCAAGGAACCUCAGCCCCUAGCACUGGAGGCCUGCCGUGAGACAGUAAACCACAUGUUUGUCGGGAUGAGUGAUUAUUAGUGACAAACGAAAGCAGUUUUGGCAACCCCAGACUUUCGACACUCCUCAUGAGUCAGGACCCCAACCAGCCAAAACUGAGAGACUGAGAGAUGUACAAAGAAUGUGCUUUGGGUUUUUUUAUUUUAGUUUUUUUUUAUUUGCUUGCUGGUGGUUGAGCAUUCAUGGCUCACAUUUUUACUUUCAUUGUAAGUUUCUGAGACAGUGAGCGAAUUCAUGCUGUUGGGUGUUAGAGGGGGGAAAAAGGCUAGCUAUCGUGAUACCUAUGAUGAAACCAUAAAAGGCUGCAAACCCUCAGUGUUUGUUUUUCUACCUGAGAUUUCUUUCCGUUUGCCAACCAAUGAUUCCUGAUGAUUAUGGAUAUGUUUUUUAAGUACACUUAAGAGUUGCUUGGAAAUUCUGUCUUAAAAAUGGAAAAUGUGGUUCUAGUAAAAAUCAAAAUUUACCACAGGAAAAUGGGGUUUUUUUGGUUUUUGUUUUUCUUUUUCUGAAAUGUUUCCUUCAAUGCAUAACAUCUGAUGCCUCAAGAUGGGAAGACCCAGAUGCUUGGUAAGUUUGAUAGAACCCCAAUGGAAAAAAUAAUGAUUGAUUUGGUAUUAAUGCUAAUCCAUGUCCUUGGAAAUGUUAAAGGGAUUCUUUCCUGAGAGUUGGAGCCCCAUUGUUUUUGAAGGUCAGAGCUUUCCAGUUGCCAUUCAAGGCUCAUGACAUACUGCAAUUUGUUUUCUCUAUGAGAUGUAUCACAGAUAUCUGUGGGUGUCAUGCAGCAGAGAUACGAUCUGACCUUAUAGCCUAGAUGUUUGCCUGAGUAGUAACUUCGCUAAAAUACAGUUUUUGUACUUCUUCCCCCGUUUGGAAGUGUGAAGAGAUUUGGACAUGUCCAGUUUUCUCAUUACAUAGAAAUUCUUCUUUUUAGUGAGCUGUGCUCAAAAAUACUGUUGAAGCUGUUAGCCUAAAGACAUUUCUGCUUACAGAUUGUUGAAAAACUGUUCAAAACUGACAGCUGAAAAACUCACAAUAUAUGUUUGGUCAUCAAAGUCAUACAAAAUGUUUAUUUUUUCUGAUCAGAAGCCCUUAGAGCCUGUUAAUAAUGAAAACAAACAAUGUAUUUCUGGUUGAAAUUUCAGAUAAGCUAAUAUGUUCUAAAGUGCUUCAAAUGUUAUUGACUUUUUAACAUCUUCAUAAAUAUGUGAUAGCUCUUCAAAUAUUUGUGAAAAAAAAAUUAAAAUCCCACAGGAAUCUGUUUGUUCUUUUCUUUUGUAAAU